CACGCGCCAAAGAUGAGCGCGUGAAGAUCAUAGAAUUUCUUACGACCUCCUCGACGCAGAGAGAUAUGGGAACUGUUGUCACACACACGGAGAUCUUCUUCUUCUUCUUCACUGGGGGCUGGAGCGAGGGAGAGAUGAUGGAGAACCCUAACUCAUCUUCAAUGGUGGAUUCAACCUCCUCCGCACCUAAACGAUACACUCCACCUAACCAAAGGAACCGUUCUUCGAACCGGAGGAGAUCAAGAGGAAGCUUCAGUAGCAACGAGGGAGAGAGAAGUCAGCCUGUUUCUGUUGGUUUCCAGAGGGAAAACUCUUCCUCUCCAAAGAUUAUAUCUCUAGAGGGUUGCUCUAACAGUGAAGCUUUUCAUCUUCUCAGUCACCGUUGGGCAGCUGCAAUGCAUCUCUAUAAUGACCCUACUGUUGAUUUGUCUGAAAGACCGAUGAUGUAUUAUGGUGGGGAUGUGUGGGGUAAACUGCCUCACUAGCAAGCAAGCCAUCAAUGUUGCCAACGGAUUACAGAACCGAACUCUGUCGUGGGUUGGCGGCUGGUUACAGGGCCGCCAAGUUCUAACCAUUUGUUAUCGUGCUAUCAAAAUCUUACAAAAUGAUUACAAACUCUAUGUGACAAUGUUGUCUUGAAACGCUUACAGCCUUAUUUAAUAAGAUUUUUCUCUAUUUAUUCA